UGGGACCUUGUCUUGUCAUUCGUUUCUAAUUUCGGUCAAAAUUGAAAACUUAGAAAAAGCUAAAAAUUGCAUUUCAUAAAAUCAUUAACUUCACAACCUUAAAGUGCUUCGUAAUAAUCUCUCUUAAUCUAAUAUAUUAUUUCAUAUAGAUAUUCGAACGCGAGAUAACCGAAUUCUAAACCCAGUUGAAAGUACAUUUUUCAACAAAAAUGGUUUGUGUCCCAUGUUUUAUCGUUCCAGUUCUGCUAUUCUUAUGGCACAAGUUUAUUCAGCCUUAUGUUUUACGUUUUUGGAACCCAUGGGCUGUUAAAAAUGCGGACGGAAAUACAACAACUGAAUUCCCAUUUAAGUGUGAAGGUGGUGUUUGUGCUUUUAAGAAAAAUAAAGUUGCUGACAAUGUUGACAAGGUACCUGCCAACGUUUCCAAAAUUGAAAAAACUCCAGAUGCGAGGCUUAAGACGGAUUAAAAAUAACUGAUAAUUUAUUAUUUACACUAAAUAAAAUGUUUAAAGACAUUUCAGGA